AAACCAAAACAAUGAUGGUUGUCCCAACAUAAGCAUUCUUUAACUUCGCUCAACAACAAGUUUAAAAACUUAGCAGAAGUUUCUGUUCACUGUAGCCUCUCCAGUUCAGGUGGUUGUUUCCCUGAGCUUUUAGUUUUUAAACUCUUUUAGUUCCUCUGUCACAUCGCCCUUCUGUUUAUUAUUUAUCACACGCAUCUCGCGUUAUGCCACGGAGAGCAGUUUCACCAGCCCUGAGCAGUGCCGAGGGAGGGAGUGAGACUGCAAGGAGUUCUGCCGGGAUAAAAACAGUUUAUUCCGAAAGGUGUUCUUUAGGACCCAUUGGGGACCUGCUCUGUGUUUUCCUGUGAAUGGGAGUGGUAAGCGGAGGGUUCUGAGCUGACAGGCUCGCAGCGACUGAGGUACUCGGUUGAAUGUGGAACAGCCCGUCUGCUGGAACGCUGCCUCGAUGCUGGGCCUUGGAGCCACAAUGAAGUGUCUUUGUGUGAAGUGAAACAGAUCACAGCAACGGGAUUGUUUGCGUGCAGAUGGGAGGUGAGAUAAUCCUGCACUCAGUCCAUACUUUAACCAGCGAGAGCUUGACAACCGGAAAGUUGCUUUCGGAAGGAUCGUUUCAGUCUGUGGUUUAGAUACCUCUGUGAGGAAGUUUUUCAGCACACGUUACACAUUCUGGCACCCUGUUUUCAAGAUGCACAACGUGGUGAGUUGUACUGUAUCCCUGGGAUCGCUGGGAUUGAUGCAGCUCCUGGGAAUCUCCUGGACUUGGAGCAUUGCUGCCAGUUUGGGCAUUUAUCUCGGAACUGGAGGAUGGAGGUUUUUCCGAAUUGUGGUGAAAACUGCCCCUAGAGAUAUCUUUGGGCUGUUCCUGCUGAUGCGUGUUAAGAUAGCGGUGAAAAAACACCAGAGGGAAGACAGCACCAUCCCAAAGAUCUUCCGGGAAACAGUGAGGAAACACUUGGACAAAGUGGCCCUCAUUUAUGAAGGAACGGAUGAAAGCUGGACCUUCAGGGAACUCGACGAGUAUUCAAAUGCAGUGGGAAACUUCCUACUGGAGCAGGGCUACCAGCCAGGCGACGUCAUUGCCCUGUUCAUGGAGAGUCGGCCUGAGUUUGUUGGCCUGUGGCUUGGCAUGGCCAAGAUCGGGGUGGAGGCUGCCCUGCUCAACUUCAAUCUCCGUCUGGACCCUCUCACUCACUGUCUGUCUGUGUCAGGGGCCAAAGCCAUAAUCUUUGGAGCAGAGAUGAGUGAUGCUCUGUUGGAAGUGAAUGGAAUCUUGGGAAAAACCGUUCGGAAGUUCUGCAGUGGGAACUGGGACCCCAGUAAAGUUGCCGCUGGGACUGAACAUCUGGACCCGCAGCUCAAUGCAGCAUCAAAGUUCGCCCCCUCUCCCCCUCCUUCAGUAGGAUUCAUGGAUCGCCUGUUUUAUAUCUACACAUCUGGCACCACUGGAAUGCCCAAAGCUGCCAUCGUCGUGCACAGCAGGUAUUAUCGGAUGGCUGCAUUUGCAUAUUACGGAUUCCAGAUGAGGGUUGAUGAUGUCAUUUAUGACUGCUUGCCAUUGUAUCACUCAGCAGGUAAUAUCGUCGGUGUGGGGCAGUGUCUGCUGCAUGGCCUGACCGUGGUGAUCAGGAAGAAGUUCUCAGCCUCCCGUUUCUGGGAUGACUGCGUGAAGUACAACUGCACUAUUGUUCAGUACAUCGGUGAGAUCUGCCGUUACCUCCUGAACCAGCCGACGCGACGUGCCGAAUCCCAGCACCGCGUCCGCAUGGCGAUCGGCAACGGGCUGAAGCCCUCAGUCUGGGAGUCCUUCGCCAGCCGCUUCCGCAUCGAGCGGGUGGCUGAGUUCUACGGAGCCACCGAGUGCAACUGUUCCAUCGCAAACCUGGACGGCAAGGUGGGGGCCUGUGGCUUUAACAGCCGGAUCCUACCCCAUGUCUACCCCAUCCACCUGGUGAAGGUGAACGAGGACACGCUGGAGCUGAUCCGCAGUCCAGAGGGGCUGUGUGUGCCCUGCAAACCAGGGGAGCCAGGUCAGCUGGUGGGUCGCAUAAACCAACAGGACCCGCUCCGCCGCUUUGAUGGAUAUGCCAGCAAGUCUGCCACAAAUGAGAAGAUUGCCUACAACGUGUUUAAGAAAGGAGACUGCGCCUACCUGUCAGGUGACGUUCUGGUAAUGGAUGACCUGGGCUACAUGUACUUCAAAGACCGAAGUGGGGACACCUUCCGGUGGCGAGGGGAGAAUGUCUCAACCACGGAGGUGGAGGGCACCCUGAGCCAGCUGUUGAACCUGACCGACGUGGCGGUGUACGGAGUGCCCGUGCCAGGCGUGGAAGGGAAGGCUGGAAUGGCAGCAAUUGCAGAUCCUGAUAACAAGGUUAAUCCUGAGCACCUGUACCAGGAGCUGAUGGCGGUGCUUCCUCCUUACGCCAGGCCUGUGUUCCUCCGCAUCCUCCCCGCUGUUGACACCACAAGUACAUUCAAGAUCCAAAAAACCAGGUUACGCAAACAAGGUUUCGAACCGCAUCAAGUGCAAGACAAGCUUUUCUUCCUUGACUCAAAACUGUCCAAGUAUAUCCCUUUAGACGGGAAAGUGUAUGAGAUGAUCCUGGCCGGGAAUUAUCAUCUUUAGAUUAGGAAGCCAAUCCUGGCAUGUUAACAAAAUUAAACACAAAUUUACGGUUAAGGUGGGGGAAGAGCUGAGAUACGAACUGUGCGCCAAGCAGGGAAAGGACCUCCUGUGGAAUGAAACAUUAUUUGGUCACUGAUGUUGAAUUCCAGGUCACCUGAGUCACUUUGGAAUUAUUCAUAACCCGGGCUCCGGUCUGCAGUCAGGACCAGUGCUCCAGGAACCCGAUCUAAAAUCAGGAAUUCAGAACAUGCAACUGCCUACUGAUGCCCAUGGACUGGGAAUCCAGGGGUCAGAUUCAAACAUAGGAACUCUGCAAAUAAGGAAUGUUGGGCUUCCCUCUCUGCUCUGGGGCAGUGUCCGAUCAACGUGCCAGCUGCUGGAAGGGGAGAUAGGCACGAAAGGCAGCUUCAGUCACACCAGCUUCAAACCAUCUCCCACUCUUUGACACCAGCCUUCUUGGUUCACUCUCCCCUCUUCUUUCCACUUUUAGUCUAAACUAUUGGUGUACAGUAGUGUUGCAGCCUGUUCCUGCUUCUCCACAUGGUACUUGUUUGGGUAUUUUACUGUGUAUCAGUAUGGUUGGGGAUUCUGCAUCCAUGUGCUUUGUGCCAAUGUACUUCUUCAUAUGUGUGUCUAUGCUUGAGGAUAUCUGUGUGUGUGUGUGUGUGUGUGUGUGUAUAUGGCUCUGUCAAUGGAGUGUCUGUAUGGAGGGGGGCUAAUCUCUCUCACUCUCCUCCCCCUCUCUCUCCCCCUCUCUCUCCCCCUCUCUCUCCCCCCUCU